UCAGUGUUCCCUUGAUAGCAAAAUUACGCCCGCAAUAGGAGCACGAAUAUGGUUUUUCUCCACUAUGUAUUCUCAUAACAAACCGUAGUGCAAACAUUCGUGAAAAGGCAUUAUGGAUUUUGAUAGUGAUGACGAAAGUGCAUUAUUACAAGAUGAUUACUAUGCUUUUUUAAAUAUUUCUAAGGAGGCUACCAAAGAAGAGAUUAACAAUGCUUACAGAAGGCUAAGCCGAAUUUACCAUCCUGAUAAACAUCUUGAUCCUGAAAAGAAGCAGAAAGCUGAAAUACUGUUUAAUAAGACAAAAAAGGCAUAUGAAGUAUUAUCAGAUCCUCAUCAAAGAGCAAUUUAUGAUAAUUUAGGGGUAAAAGGACUAGAGACAGAAGGUUGGGAAAUAGUCCAACGUACUAAAACACCAGCGGAAAUAAGAGCAGAAUAUGAGCAGCUUGCUGAGGAGAGGGCUGAGAGGCGAAAACAGCAGCGUACAAAUCCUCACGGUUCCAUUACCGUGAACAUUAACGCCACAGAUUUAUUCAACCCUUAUAUUAACGAGUAUGGGGUGCAAGAUGAAUAUGAGAUUGAAGAAAAUUCAGUACUUCCAAACAUUGAAGUAUCGGGCAUGAGUUUUAAUCAAUCUGUUGAGUUUCCUUUAACUCAAAAAGAUACUGCGACGUUGUCAGGACAACUUCAGACACAUAAUGGUACAGGAGGAGGCGUGAUUAGCCUCAGUUGCAGGCAUAUCUUUUCUCAUAGGAGUUGGGGUGAAAUGGAAAUUGGAGCAGGAAAUGGUCCUUCAGUUUCUCUUAAAGCUUUUCGUACAUUGAGUAAACGAUUUUUUUGGAAUGGAGGUACAGUAUUACAAUUUACCCCACAAGGUAUAAGACCUGGUUUUAUUUCCACUCUGGCAAUGCAAAUUGAUAAACAUUCUGUAGGAUACUUCACCUAUAAUACAGGGUACAAAUCUUCAGUGUCAACAUCGGUUAUUAGGGACACAGAAACGGGUCUUUACAAUUUCUCGGUACAAGUUGGAUUACCACAUUCAUAUAUUUCUUUCAGUUAUACUAGGAAAAUGCUCAAUCAUGAAUUGAGACUACGAGUAGCCUUUAAAGUAGGUACAUUUGGGGGCGUUAUCGAGUAUGGGGCCGAAAAGAAGGUGUCCAAACAUAGUUUACUAGCAGCGGCUGUCGCUGUUGGAGUUCCUGCUGGAGUUAAACUCAAAAUAAAAUUAACCAGAGCUAAUCAAGUUUACUCUUUUCCGAUUCAUUUGUGCGAAGAAGUGAUGCCCGCGCCUGUGUUUUAUGGUACCAUAGUGCCUCUUAUAGUGUAUGCAGUAAUAAAAAAAAGUCUAGUCGAACCUUUCUUGAAAGAGCAGGAGGCAAAAAGGGCCGAAACGGAAAAGCAAAAUAAUCGCACCAAAUUACUGGAGAAGCGAAAGGAGGCGCAGGCCGCUGUCGAACUUAUGUCAGCAACAUAUGCUCGGAUAGUAAGAGACGAAGAUGCAAAGAAAGGACUAGUCAUUGAAAAGGCCCUUUAUGGAAAAGCCCUGAGAAGUAACAAUAGGGAUUCAGGUGAUUUUGCAGAAGAAAUUCUGGAUGUAACAAUACCCUUACAAUGUCUGGUUAAGGACAGUAAAUUGGAAUUACAUAAUCAUACUAAGGUGAGACUGCAUUUCUUUCAGAUUAAAUGUGUGCUAUAACAGUCAAAUUUAUUUAAUUCGUAAAAUUAUUUAGAUGCAGGU